AUGGGUGGACUCUCCGCACCGUCUCGGUGUAUCCUUUUCCUCCUCUUCAUAUACUUCGAACCCAUCGCAAAGUACUGCAUGACCAAAUACCGACAAUACCUUACUGGCAACACAUCUGCCGUCGAACGUGACAUUCUCGGUGGGGGUGGAGCCAACACUGUGUUGACACAGCCUGUCAUCCAAUGUGUCCUGAACAGCACGAGCGAGCAUGUCAAAAAUGGCAUGACAGCAGCCCAGGUUCUCCUCGGCGUCAUGCCCACCGUCCUCGCCCUGAUGGGUCCUUCGACCGAGGAAAUGAGCAUUCUCGCGAAUGUAGCACGGCGACCUCUCCUCGCACUCAUGCUUGCCGCCGGAUCGCCCAGCGUGUACUUCAGCCGGGCCUUUGAAUACCAUGAUCCCGCCCAGAUCCUCCACGACCACCCGAGCAGACUCCCACAGUGGCGCCCAAGCAUGUGGUACUACAAGCUGUCCAUCUCCAUGGCCGAAUACAUCAUCGCCCUGGCUGCCAUAGCCAACAUUGCUACUCUCAACUGGGAGCUCGGCGUCAAGGCCACAUGCACCCUGUGA